AUGAACAAAAAGCAGUUGGAUGAGAAGCACCAAAAAAUCCUCAGGAAAUUGCUGACGCUCCCCGAGAACAAGAAAUGCUUCGACUGCUCUGAGAAGGGACCCUUCUACGCUUGCACGACUCUCGGCACGUUUGUUUGUACCACUUGCUCUGGUAUUCAUCGCGAGUUCCAGCACCAUGUCAAAUCCAUCUCCAUGGCUUCGUUCAAGCCUGAGGAGGUCCAGUUCCUCGAGGAGAUGGGCAACGGCGAGAUCUGGUUGGCUUACUGGACCCCGAGCGACUAUCCUGAGCCCGAAUCCACCGACAGGGCGCGCGUGCGCGAAUUCAUGAAGCUCAAAUACGAGAGGAAGAAGUGGCACGAUGAGGAACCGCCGAGGGUGGAGCCCAUUGAGUCAAUUUUGGGGAGGGACAUUCCCCCUAUCUCCAUCACUCACAACAUCAACCUCCCGCUGGGCAACAACGGCGGUAUUAGCGGCCUAGAGUCGGUUUUCACACACCCGGAGCCCACCAAAAACCCCAUGGGCUCCACCGUUUGGCCGCCGCCUGCCGGAGGCGUCGCUCCCGCUCCUCACAUGGGAGGUGGCCCUGGGAUGAUGCCUGCUGGCGGCAUGGGCGCUUUCCCUCAGGGUGGUGCUGUUCCUUUCCAGCAAGUCAGCCCGCAGGGUGCGGGCAUGAUGAUGCCCCCUCAUAUAGGGCCUGGUGCCGGCGCACCCGGUAUGGUGGCGGCCUACCCGGGAGCCCCUGUCAUGCACCCGGGCAUGGGGGGCAGUAUGCCACCAGCUGCAGCCAUGGGCCACAACCCCUUCCUUGCAGGACCCGCGUCAGGCCCCACCAGUGGAGGCGUGCUCGCUCCCGCACCCUACGGCUCCAGCGGACCUGGCGGGGCUCCUGCCGCCCACGCGAAGCAGAACGACGCUUCCUGCUGGCUCUUCCUCUGCCCCAGCGCCGUCAGGGGACCAGGGAUCGGCAUGGCCGCCUCGUCGCCGUCGCCGAGCCAUUCGCCAUUCUUCCCGACCGCAACCGGACCCACGCCGUUGUCUCCGGCUCUGUCUCCCGCCAUGGCCCCGAAUCCUUUCGCCUCUUCGGCUCCGGCUUACUCCUCGGGCGGAUUUCCGUCCCCGCCUGCCGCCGGCAGCAACGGCACCAACGCGGGCUUCAACCCCUUCGGCAGCCUCAUCUGA